AUGAAAUAUUCCCAAAAUGUCAAAAUAAUUAAAAUAAUUUCUCUAAUAACAGUAAUGAUUUUUUUAAAUUUAUUUGUUCAAAUUACCGAUAGUUUAUCAAUAAUAAAAAAUAAUAAUAAUAAUAAUAAUAAUAAUAAUCAUAUAACAAUCAAAAUUAAUAUUGAUAAAGAUAAUAAUGAAAAUAAAAAUAAAUUAAGAUUUAAUAAAAAUAAUAAAUUUAAAAUUAUUCAAUUUACAGAUUUACAUUUUGGAGAAGGUGAAAAUGAGGCAUGGGGUAAAGAACAAGAUAUAAAUAGUACUGCUGUGAUGAAUAAAAUAAUUGAUAAAGAAGGAAAUGUUGAUUUAAUAUUAUUUACAGGUGAUUUAAUUACUGGUAAUAAUAUUAAUGGCAAUGUGUCAAAAUAUUGGGAGAAUGCAAUCAAUGUGGCAAAAACUAGAAAUAUACCAUGGGCAAUCACAUUUGGAAAUCAUGAUGACCUAUCUUCAAAUGAUAAUGGUACAAGAUAUGACUUAAUCUCAUUAGACAUUAAACUAGGCUCUCUUUCUAAACUUGGUCCAAUCUCAAUACCUGGUGUAUCAAAUUACAAUUUAAAUAUCUAUGGAAAUGAAAAUGACAGAAUAUUAUCGACAUUAUGGCUAUUUGACUCUGGCGAUGGUGAAAAUGAUUGUAAAAACCAAAGAAACAGAGAAUUUGGAAAUGGCUAUCAAUGCAAUACAUUCAUUACAAAGGAGCAAAUUCAAUGGUACGAAAAUGAAACAUUAAAAUAUGAAAAUGAUAAACUACCAUUAUGGGAAGGUGCCUUCUUUCAUAUACCAUUACAAGAAUAUAUGCUAGUAUGGAAUUACGGAGUUUGCUUUGGAUUUAAUAAUGACUCAAUCGCAUGUCAAAAAACUAAUGAGGGACUUUUUAAAAAGUUUGUUGAAAUUGGUAGAAUUAGAAUGAUAUCGGUGGGUCAUAAUCAUGGAAACGAUUUCUGUUCAAUAUUUGAUAAUAUUAAAAUGUGUUAUGGUAGACAUAGUGGUUAUGGUGGUUAUGGAACUUGGGAAAGAGGUGCAAGAGUAAUCGAGUUAACUCAUAAUCCAAUUAAGAAUAAAGUCACCUCAAUUACAUAUAUUACAUUUGAAACUGGUCAACAACUAUUCAAUCAACCACGUCAUUUCCCAAAUUCAACCCAAAUACCACAAACUAAAUGUACUGAUUAA